GGGAGGGGCUGGGUUGGAGUGAGAAGAUGCUGCUGAGAACAGCACGCGCCCUCCGGCCCGGCUGCCAGGCAGUGACUGCGCCCCGGAGCCUCCACCGCACGCCAGUGAGCCACAUCCCACUCAUCCCCAUCGUGGUGGAGCAGACGGGCCGCGGCGAGAGAGCCUACGACAUUUACUCCCGGCUGCUGCGGGAGAGGAUCGUGUGCGUCAUGGGGCCGAUCGACGAUGGGGUGGCCAGUCUGGUCAUUGCCCAGCUGCUCUUCCUGCAGUCAGAGAGCAACAAGAAGCCGAUCCACAUGUACAUCAACAGCCCCGGUGGUGCCGUGACCUCGGGGCUGGCCAUCUACGACACCAUGCAGUACAUACUGAACCCCAUCUGCACCUGGUGCGUGGGGCAGGCGGCCAGCAUGGGGUCGCUGCUCCUGGCUGCUGGCUCCCAGGGCAUGAGGCACUCCCUGCCCAACUCCCGCAUCAUGAUCCACCAGCCUUCGGGAGGGGCGCGGGGGCAAGCCACGGACAUCGCCAUCCAAGCCGAGGAGAUCCUGACGCUGAAGAAGCAGAUCAACGGGCUGUACGCCAAGCACACCAAGCAGCCCCUGGAGGUGAUCGAGUCCGCCAUGGAGAGAGAUCGCUACAUGAGCCCCAUGGAAGCCCAGGAGUUCGGGAUCCUGGACAAGGUGCUGGUCCACCCCCCUCAUGACGGGGAGGACGAGCCGGAGCUGGUCCAGAAAGAGCCUUCCCCGCCUUCCUCCUCCUCGGCUGAGCCCUGAGAGCCCUCUGGGCUCGGAUGGGAACCGACAGAGGCGGCUGGGGAUCGUUCCAGCCAGGAGGGAAGAAGCUGGGAGACACCAACCCCUCGAAGCAGAGGGGUGGGGGCGGCAGGGCCCCAUGCUGAGAUUACCCCCCCCCCCCCGCUUGCUAGAUGGAUGCAAGAGGAAACCAUCCCCAUACCCCACACUGGGCGUCCCCCUCUGGUGCCCCACCAGCAGCUGGCGAGAUGUGUUGGUCCGAGCUGGGGUGUGUCUGGCAGGGUCCGAUUAUUUUGGUACCUUUGGGUCACAAGGACACGCCCCCCUCCUGGUGUAGAGUCGUUAGCUGAAUGAUCGUUACUAAAUUAAACUCGUCAAGCUGUUCGC